AUGUCUCAAACUUCAUUUUCUCCGCAAUAUUAUGAGAUAUUACAACAAAUUCAAAAAACAAAUGAAUAUAAUAAAGACAGAUCCAUAGUACAAGUAAAAGAAGAAUUUGAUAGCAUUCCUGUAACAAUUCCAGACAAUUUCAUUAUAAACGAGGUUAAAUUAGAUGACAAGUAUAGGAUUAAAAGCAAGGAAUAUUUGGAGGAUGGAUUGAAAAUAUAUGAGGAUGUUAUUGAUGAAAAAUGGAAAGAUUUUAAUGAUGAUGGAUUAUGCGGAGAAUGGCUUAAGGUUAAGGAUAGGGAGGAUACAGGGAGAGUAGUACUGUACAUGUUUGGUGGUGGAUAUUAUAUGGGAUCACCUAAAUCAUUCCGCAAUCUUACACAUCAGAUCGCUGAAAGUGCUGAAUGCUCAAUUUUUG